AUGUCUCCCAAGUUGAAGCCAUUGUUACUACCCCAGCUUGUCGAAGAGCGUCGCAAAUUUGAAGAGCAACAACCGGAUUUCCCAGAAGGCGAAAUGGAUCGCCAAUACGUCUACUACACGACCAACUCCUCGUCUUCUGACGUUGCAUCACCCGUCACACCUACUUUCUCAACCCGGGGGCAUCUACGCUACUCCAGCUCAACUUCCUCGCUUGACCUCCCGCCCACUUGCAUCAAUGAAAGCCCUUCGUCACCGACAUCAACUAUUCACACCAAGUCCUCCAAAAGGCCACUUCCUGAUGUGCAAGAGGAGCCAUUGGAACGGGACGAGCUCGAUGAAAGCACCAUCCUGGCUGAACCAUUCGAUUUGUACAACUGCUUGUGUGACGAGCCCUGCAUUCACCACAAGAGCUCCGAAACGCUCAAUAGUGUGUACCCUGCCGACUUCGACAUCGACUAUGACCUUGGCUUUGCGAGCGAUGGCGAUUUCACAUCAACAUUGGACCGGAAGAGGAGUGGAACUGAGUCUCCCUUCUCCGGCUUAGCUACACGCUUAGGAUCGCGGUUCCCACAACUCUCGAGAUGGAAGUCUACAAAGCGAUCACAGUUGACUGCUUCGCCAACCACCGAAUUGACCUUCGAAAACGCCCACUCUGUCUCCCGCGCGGCUUCAAGUCGAUCUUCGUCCUUGUCUGGUCCUUCACGACAAAUGCUUGACAGACUCAACGAACAUCCGAUCCCAACACCGGCCACAUCCUUUUGGGAAAGCAGCGAAAGCGUCGACGUCCCGGCUCCUAUAGACAUUGAAAAGGCCAACAACGAGAGGGAAAGCAUUGAGCGUGAUCGAGCGCUCGCCACAACACCUCUGCUUCCUCCCCUCUUGAUGAACAGCCCACCAACAGAAGUCCCCCAUCCCAGUCCUCUGCAGUCUCCUAGCGUGGAUCCGUCAAUCCUCUCAAUGGAAAUCCCCUCAACUCAAACCCUUCCUCACAUUUCUACGCCGUCGUUGAGCGCGAAGCCGUCAGUGUCUUCUUUCCGCCAUGUACAGUCGAGCCAAGAGCUACCAAUUGGGUUUCCCUCUAUUGUGCAGGACCAUGAUGAGUGGUCAGAUCGCCUUGGACACGCCAAUUUCACCAUCACGCCCCAACCUUACCAACCUGUCGAGGCCGACAUGGAGACUCUCCGUCUGCUGCGAGCCGACUGGGAAGCUGCCCGCGUCAGCUACACCAAGCACCUUGUGCGAACUGGAGAAAACUACAGCGAGACCUCCAAGAUUUACGCUCUGACUGAGGCGAAGUGGGCCGAGACUGAGAAGAACUGGCGUGCCUUCCAUGAGCAGACGAUGGAACGCAUCGUUGCCGCAAACAAGUCGAGCAGCCAACGGCCGGGCAGCUCUCGCAGCCGCAGUCGUGGCCGCGUUCGCGCCAGCAGUGGCGGCUCUGCAAUAUUGCGCAGACCUACCCAAGACGAUGUCUUUGCCAGUAUGCAAUGGCGUCGUCUCGAAGACGGUUUACCCACCGCAAUCCCUCGACUCGUUGAUGCCGAGGGCAAGUUCCCUGAGCGUGGCGACGAAGACAUUGUCGGGCCUAUGGAGCGCGACACAAAAAUGAUUCGCUCCAGGAGCGAGGAGCGCAAAGGAGGCCGUUUUUGGCGCAACUUGGCUGAAAAGGUUGGCAUCCGCAGAUGA